AUGGGUCGCGUGCGCACCAAGACCGUGAAGAAGGCUUCCAGGGUCAUCAUUGAGAAGUACUACAACCGCCUGACCCAGGACUUCGACACCAACAAGCGGGUCUGCGAGGAGAUCGCUAUCAUCCAGAGCAAGAGGCUGCGCAACAAGAUUGCCGGCUUCACCACGCACCUGAUGAAGCGCAUCCAGCGCGGCCCGGUGCGCGGCAUCUCGCUCAAGCUGCAGGAGGAGGAGCGCGAGAGGCGCAUGGACUUUGUCCCCGAGGAGUCCGCUGUCAACACCGAGAACAUCGAGGUGGACCGCGACACCCUGGAGAUGCUCAAGGCCAUCAACAUGGCCGGCCUGCCCGGCGUCACCGUGGCGCAGGUGGCCGCGCCGGCCGGCGGCCCGGGCUUCAAGGGCGGGUUCCGCGGCGGCGAGCGCGGCGGGGACCGCGGCGAGCGCAGCGACCGCAACCUCUGGCAACCGGCGGCAGCCCUGGCAGCGGCAACGGCUGCGGUGCUCAUAGGCAGUGCCCCGCCCUGCGGCGCGUCUGAGCUCGCGGCUGUGCAGCUGCCGCCGUCCCCAGCCCUUUCCGUGCCGCUUGACACACCGCCAGCCUCCCAUGAUCAGGACUACGUCUUCUCCGCGGCGCCCCAGCUGCCCGCCGCGCCGCCGCUCGCGUCGCCCUCGCUCGUCGCAUCCCCGCUGCCAAGCGACGCCACCGCAGACCUCACAGCCGCCGUGACGCGCGAGGUCAUGGCCGCGGCGCUGUCGCCGGCCGGCUCAGGGGACCUCGGCCAGCUGUCCACCGCGGCAGAGGAGCUCGCUGGGGGGCAGGCGGCAGGGGGCGAGGGGCAGCCGGCGCCUGGCGCGUCGGCGGCCGCGGUGGUCGAAGGGUUCAAGGUGGCGGUCAGCGAGAGCAUUCAAGGGGCCAACCUGGUGGAGAGCAGCAUGCCCGCGGUCGGUGGCGCCGUCCCGAGCGGCUGGCUGUCCAAGACGCCGUUCUGCGGCAUGUGGCAGGCCUACUGCAGCUCGCUGGCGCAGGCGCCCCUGCAAACCAAGGCUGCCACUGGCGUCGUGGGCACCUUUAUUGGUGACCUGCUGGCCCAGUUCAUGGCGCAUUUCAGCAAGCAGGGCGCCGCGGCGGCGCAGCGCAAGCAGCAGAGGCGGCGGUCGGGCGGCGGCGGUGGCGGCGGCGGCGGCGGCGGCGGCGGCGCUUUUGAGUACGACGCGGCGCGGUGCGCGCGGCUGGUGGCUUUCAGCGUGCUGGUUGGGACGCCGCUGUCUCACUACUGGUGA